AUGGGUAUUCCAUCCUCAUUACCCACAAACCCUAACCCCAGCCCCAGUCCGCCAUUACCUCAGUCACCGCCACCACAAACGUCGCCAUUACCUCAAUCGCCACCACCUCAAUCACCGCCACCACCUCAAUCACCGCCACCACCCCCAAGCCAAAUACCACCUCUCAUUCCACUGACUCCCCUCUCGCCGCAAUCCGAGCCACAACAUGAAACACCAAUUCCCGACUCCCAUUCCCCAGAACCAGCGCCUGAACCUGUGCCUACUCAAACGAAAACCCAAGGCAAAACAAAAAAGGCUUCAAGUAAACCUAAGAAAACCCCUGUCGAAAAACGGAAACGAGUACCCUCUGUUCCUUUCGACCUGAAUUCACCACCUCAGCCGUCCUCUGAACCAGUUAGCAAAAGGACCAGGUCUUCCUCACAAACUCCAGCACCAGUGACCCAAACACCAAUAACUCAGUCUCCCUUACACUCUCCAGCACCUGCGUCAUCUGCAGAUACUAUAGAGGAGGGAGGGGACACAGUAACAGUAUUGUGGGUGCUGGUGAUUUGUUUCUCUUGUGGUGCAUGA